AUGAUCGAAUCAAUAAAAUUGAUGAAAUUUCUUCGCAAAAAUAUCCGAGAUCAAUUGAUCGCAUUCAUUGGUUCACAUCAUUAUCAGACCUACCGUGUGUUUGUAAAAGCUCUAAAAACUCUCAUCUCUCAUCUCUUAUUAAAAGGCGUUCUUGUCGGUCACAAUGAUUGGGUCACUCAAAUUGCUACAACACCGCAAUUUCCUGAUAUUGUUCUAUCAUCAUCGCGUGAUAAAACAAUCAUCAUCUGGCAAUUAAACAACCAACAUGAUCCAAGUGGCGAAAGUACAUCGUGUGGUGUACCAAGUAAAGCAUUACGUGGUCAUUCGCAUUUCGUUUCGGAUGUUGUUAUAUCAAGUGAUGGUCUUUUUGCUGUUAGUGGUUCAUGGGAUAAUUCCUUACGUCUUUGGGAUUUAUCAGUCGGGGCAAGCACUCGACAAUUCGUUAGUCAUAAGAAAGAUGUUUUGAGUGUGGCAUUUUCGGCUGAUAAUCGACAAAUUGUCAGUGGUAGUCGUGAUAAAACUAUUAAAUUGUGGAACACCGUUGGACAAUGCAAAUAUACCAUUGCUGAUGACAACCAUAACGAUUGGGUAUCAUGCGUACGCUUCAGUCCAAACCAAAAAGAUCCAUUAAUUGUUUCUUCUGGUUGGGAUAAAGUCGUUAAAGUUUGGAACUUAAGCAAUUGCAAAUUACGUACCAACCAUUAUGGACAUCAAUCAUACAUCAAUACUGUUACCGUAUCACCUGAUGGUUCAUUGUGUGCUAGUGGUGGUCGCGAUGGUAAAGCUAUGUUGUGGGAUCUUAACGAUGGUCGUCAUUUGUACACACUUGAAAGCGGUGACAUUAUCAAUUCAUUAUGUUUCUCACCCAAUCGUUAUUGGCUUUGUGCUGCAACUGGUUCAUCAAUCAAAAUCUGGGAUUUGGAAACGAAAACCGUUGCGGAUGAAGUCAAAUCAGAAAAACAAUGCACGUCGUUGGCAUGGUCUUCUGACGGUCAAACAUUAUUCGCUGGCUUUACAGAUAAUCAAAUCCGAGUAUUUGAAUUAAGUCAACAUUAA